AUGACACAGGGAAAGCUCUCUGUGGCUAACAAGGCCCCCGGGACAGAGGGGCAGCAGCAGGCGAAUGGUGAGAAGAAGGAGUCUCCAGCAGUGCCUUCGGCCCCACCCUCCUAUGAGGAGGCCACCUCUGGGGAGGGGCUGAAGGCAGGAGUCUUCCCACCAGCCCCCUCGGCUGUGCCUCUCCACCCCAGCUGGGCCUAUGUGGACCCUAGCAGCAGCUCUAGCUAUGAGAGUGGUUUCCCCACUGGAGACCAUGAGCUCUUCACCACCUUCAGUUGGGACGACCAGAACGUUCGCAGAGUCUUCAUCAGGAAGGUCUAUACCAUUCUGCUGAUCCAGCUGCUGGUGACCUUGGGUGUCGUGGCUCUCUUUACCUUCUGUGACCCCGUUAAGGACUAUGUCCAGGCCAACCCAGGCUGGUACUGGGCAUCCUACGCUGUCUUCUUUGCGACCUACCUGACCCUGGCCUGCUGUUCUGGACCCAGGAGGCAUUUCCCCUGGAACCUGAUCCUCCUGACCAUCUUUACCCUGUCCAUGGCCUACCUCACUGGGAUGUUGUCCAGCUACUACAACACCACAUCUGUGCUGCUGUGCUUGGGCAUCACGGCCCUCGUCUGCCUCUCGGUCACCGUCUUUAGCUUCCAGACCAAGUUUGACUUCACGUCCUGCCAGGGUGUGCUCUUCGUGCUGCUCAUGACUCUCUUCUUCAGUGGGCUCAUCCUGGCCAUCCUCCUGCCCUUCCAAUAUGUGCCCUGGCUCCAUGCAGUGUAUGCCGUGCUGGGAGCAGGAGUGUUUACAUUGUUCCUGGCAUUUGACACCCAGUUGCUGAUGGGUAGCCGACGCCACUCGCUGAGCCCUGAGGAGUAUAUUUUUGGAGCCCUCAACAUUUACCUAGACAUCAUCUAUAUCUUCACCUUCUUCCUGCAGCUUUUUGGCACCAACCGGGAAUGA